AUGAAGAUCCUCACCACCAACUUCCUGACCUGCGCAGUCAAGUCGUGCAAGACCUCACCCUCCUCCUUUCCCCUCCACCCGCAGGGUGCAACUCUCUCACGUACCGAACUCGACUACUCGCCUCUAUUUGUCCUCAACAUCCUACCCCGAAUCCAUUAUGAGGCUCUCAGCACCAUAGCGACGGAACUAUCGCUGCAGGCUAUGCUACCGUCACAAGAAGCCUUGGACGCCUUGACCGAGAAGCUGGCAAGUGGCGAAGAGGUCGAUGAGAACAACGAGGAGGUAAAUACGAUACUUCAAGGCCUUCACAAGCUGCUGCUCGAAACGAGCAUCCAGGAUGGCAAGAUGGUGUGUGGAAACUGCGGAUUCGAGUACCCAGUGAAAGAAGGCGUCGGAAACUUCCUGCUGCCGAGUCACCUUGUGUGA